GGACUGUAACAGUCGAACCAUUUAGCCUUUUGCUAGCAUUUUACUCAGCUUUUGCUCGACUCAUCGACUUUACAUUGUUCUUUAAAAAAGAAAGGCUUAGCAAAGAAACCUUAGCAAUGUCUUGUAGCAAGAAACAAAAGCUGGAGGAUGGUGAUGUUAAAGAAGAAGUAAAGAACUAUUACGGCAAAAAGUUGCACAAGACAGAAGACUUACAGUCGAAUGCCUGUGCUUUUUCCAAAAGUCAAAAAGUUGUACCUCAAAUCAUACGAGACUGUAUUAAGCUUUGCCAUGAAGACGUCGUUUCCAGGUACUAUGGGUGUGGCCUCAACUUCCCAGAAUGCCUUGAGGGCUGCAGAGUACUUGAUCUAGGGUGUGGUGCCGGGCGUGACUGUUUCAUCACUGCUAAACUGGUUGGUCCAAAGGGUCACGUGACUGGAAUAGACAUGACGCAAGAUUUGCUGGAUAUUGCCAAUGAAUAUUCAAAGUACCAUGCAGAGAAGUUUGGAUAUACCAAACCAAAUACUGACUUUAUCCUGGGUGAUAUAGAGGAGCUUGCUGCUGCUGGGGUGAAGAAAAAUGCUUAUGAUCUUAUAAUAUCCAACUGCGUAAUAUGUCUUACUACAAACAAAAAGGCAGUGUUUGAAGGAGCUUACAGGGCUCUUAAGGAUGGUGGUGAACUUUACUUCAGUGACAUAUAUGCUGACAGACAGCGUGAUACAAGCAAGUGUGAUAAAGCACUUUGGGGUGAAGGCUUUUGUGGUGCUCUGUGUUGGAGAGAACUUGUUGACUUUUGUAAAGACAUUGGGUUUAGUGGACCAUACUUGGUUACUGGACAUGAAAUGUUUCCUUCCAAUGAAGAAAUGAAGGAACAGAUAGGCGAAACCAGGUUUGUUUCAGGUACAUACAGGAUGUUCAAAACCCCAACCACAGAGGACACUGGUAAUACAUUCCAGGCCACAUACAAAGGCACCAUUGAAGGACUUCCAAAUGAAUACAAGUUUGAUAUCUACAACACUUUUGAGAAAGACAAAGCGCACCCAAUCACACCCAAUUUAGCGGCCAUUCUUCGCCAGUCCAGGUUUUCAAAGCACUUUGACAUUGGUCCUUACUCAGGACGUGAUGCAUAUGCCAUUGCUGAUCCAUUUACUGGUCUUGGGCUGUGACCUGGUAUCUGAAGUUGUAUAACGGCAGUAUCCUCCCUAGCAAGUCGUAUCAGUAAUGCUCUAUCUAGUGCAGUAUAGGAUUUUAUUUUAUUUAGCAUUUAUUUUAGGAUAUGUUAGCUUGAGCGCCUACGACCUUUCCUGCUACCAUUAUUUGGUUUCUAAGAAAAUACUCAAAAAACAAACAGAUUAUACUGUACCUCAAUCUACAUGGCUUGGGUUUCCUGUGCUUUUACCUUCCCGUCACAAAAAAAUAAAAAUAACGCUUUAUUGCAAGUUUAAAUAAAAUAAUAAUGUUUUAAUUCUGCUCUUUUAAUUUGCAAUGUAUAAUUUUCGUGAAAGCUUAAUAAAUUUAGAAUCUUGA